AUUUUGUCCGCUUGCUGCAAUUGCUCGUUCAAUUCCUUCGAUGUCAACACAAAGGCUGCUACUCCGCAAAACAAAGCCAUUUCUGAAUGCAACAUCAUCUUCAGCUUCAGAGCCAUCCCACUACUCUAAUGAAUUCCCAAACAUAAUUGUGAAUUCUGUAGACACCUUCUUGGUCGAGAAAAUAAUGUGGACUCUCAAACAAGGUACGCAUCAUCGGAGCUCCCUGUUUCUUCGCCUAAACACAUCGGCUUAUCUCGAAGUUAUUAGAAAAUGUAGCGAUAAUUUGGCUUCAGCUUCGAACUUUAUCGAUUCCGUUGCUUCAAACAAUCCCAAUUUCAAGCAUUCGUCCACCUCUCUCAGCGCUGCUGUUCAAAUACUCGUUAGGUGCAAGAGAAUCUCCGAAGCACAGGCUUUGAUACUGAGAAUGGUUCGUAAGAGUGGUGUUUCUAGGGCCGAGACGGUUGAGUCCAUGAUUUACACUUACAGUAUGUGUGGAUCGAAUUUGUAUGUUUUUGAUUUGUUGAUCAGGACCUAUGUGCAAGCUAGGAAGCUGAGGGAAGCUGUAGAAGCAUUCAGGUUGUUGCUUAGCAGAAGGUUUUGUGUUACUAUAAAUGCUUGUAAUAGUCUUCUUGGCGGCUUAGUGAAGAUUGAAUGGGUUGAUUUGGCAUGGGAAGUGUACAGGGAAACGAUCAGAAGUGGUGUUCCAGUUAAUGUGUAUACCCUCAACAUAAUGGUUAAUGCAUUUUGUAAAGUCGGUAAGAUUGAGGACGCAAAGGUGUUUAUUGAUGGAAUGAAAGAAAAAGGGAUUUUGGAGGAUACUGUGACUUACAACACCCUGAUUAGUGCUUAUUGCCGUAAGGGUCUUGUAGGUGAGGGGUUUGAAUUGAUGAACGCGAUGUCCCUCAGGGGAUUGAAACCGUGUUUGUUGACCUAUAACUCCAUUGUUAAAGGACUGUGUAAGAAGGGACAGUAUCAGAAGGCAAGGGAUGUUUUGAAUCAGAUGGUGUGUAGUGGGUUGAGCCCUGAUACCUGUAGUUAUAAUGCAUUACUUGCUGAGUGUUGCAGAAAAGAUGAUGUGUUAGAAUCUGAAUCCAUUUUCCAUGAAAUGGAUCAUCUUGGUGUAAGUCCAGAUUUGGUUAGUUAUAGUUCACUAAUUGGGUUAUUUUCAAGAAUUGGCCGCAUUGAUCGUUCAUUAGCGUAUUAUGAGGAUAUGAAGUCUAAGGGGAUUGUCCCAGAUAAUGUAAUAUAUACCCUUCUCAUUAGUGGCUUUUGUAGGAACCAUUCUAUAUCUGAAGCUUUAAAAAUGCGUGAUGAAAUGUCAGUUCAAGGUUUGGCCAUGGAUGUAGUUGGUUACAAUACUCUUUUGAAUGGCUUAUGCAAAGAAAAAAUGCUUACCGAAGCCGACCUAAUUUUCAAAGAGAUGGUUGAAAGGGGUGUGUUUCCCGAUUUUUGCACGUUCACGACACUCAUAAAUGGAUAUUGUAAGAAUGGUAGCAUGGAAAAGGCACUCUCACUAUUUGAUUCUAUGCUUCAAAGCAAUCUCAAGCCAGACGUGGUAACAUAUAACAUCUUGAUUGAUGGGUUUUGCAAGGAUGGUGAUAUGGAAAGAGCUUUUGAACUAAGAGAUCAUAUGAUAUCUGAAAAUAUACAUCCUAAUUGUGUUACAUAUAGCACUUUAAUAAAUGGUUACUCCAACAAGGGUGGUGUUUUUUAUGCAUUGAGAUUGUAUGAUGAGAUGGUUGGUUUAGGAAUCAAGCCGACCGUGGUCACAUGCAACUCCCUUGUUAAAGGAUAUUGCAGAUAUGGUAAUGCUGAAAAAGCAGGAGAGUUUCUUGCUAAGAUGCACUCUGAGGGGGUGUUUCCUGAUUUGGUUACAUAUAAUACUCUAAUACAUGGUCUGAUUAGAGAGGAGAGAUUGGACAAAGCAUUGCGAUUAGUUGAUGAAAUGGAAAAUCAUGGUAUAUUACCUGAUGUGGUAACGUACAAUGCCAUUCUGGGUGGGUUUUGUAGGGUGGAUAGAAUGGAAGAUGCCAAUUUGGUAUACCUGAAGAUGAUGGAAAGAGGAAUAAAUCCUGACAGAUCAACAUAUACAUCAUUGAUAAAUGGAUAUGUUUUGCAAGACAACAUAAAGGAUGCUUUCUUGUUCCAUGAUGAAAUGAUCAGAAAGGGGUUUGUACCAGAUGAUAGGUUUUAACCUUUUUUGUCACUUUCAAGUUUCAAGUUGAUAGUCAUAUUCAGUCAUCUGCCAUUCCAGAGGCUUUGUCCAUGUAUUUUUUAAAAAGCGCUUGAUUACACGAUGUUAAUAAUGAGAGAACUGGGGAUCCCAAUGUUCAAUCAAUGAUAAAUGCUGGCCAACAAGGAAAAUGUUCUCUUUGCUUGGAUCCCCAUGAUGAGUUGCGUCUUUGGGAUUGUUUGAAGUCCCCAUGGGACCUGGGAUAUAGCAUGGAAAAUGCUGCCUGGGACAGAACAUUGGAAAUGUAAGGUCAUUCUUAUUUAAAAGCAACGUCCUCGAGAUACCUUGACAAACCCAGGGAAAAGUUUCAGAAAUUUACACUGCAAGAUGUAGUUGUGACUUCAGGAUGGACCAUUAAACACUGCAGGACAGGUUCUUUCCAUACAGAAAAAGCCCACAAGAAACUUCCAAACUAAAUUUCCUUCCAAAGUUUGCACUUUUUAUGUUCCUGAGCAGAAAUCUCUCGGAGGACGUCUCAUGGCAUUAGCUUUGGACAGAGCGGCUAAGACAAAUGAUGAUCUUUGUCUAUGUACAUAUGUGGCCUCCGCUCUCAGUGUCUUUCUUCCCUAUUUAAAGAACGAGUUGGCCAAUGCUCUUUCUCAGUUAGGUGUAUCCGUGUAUCCCCCGAGUAUGUUUUCAUCCCUUCCAGAGCCGCUGAACAUUCGAUUAACUUUGACUCCAUCCCUGUGUCUGAUUGGUCAACUAUUCUUGCUCGUGGGGCCUAUGUCAUAUUAACACUUUUCAAAACUGUUUCUCCAGCCCACUACACCCAAUGCCUGAUAAGAAGGUUUGAGGCACUAAAAAGGCUUGCAGGUUGCUGCCCUAAUGCUGAAAUCCCUGUGCCUCUAAACCAGUCUAAGGCUAACUCUCUGCGUACAAUGCUAGGAUCAAACCGAGCACUCAUAAAGAGGAUAAUCGAACUGGUUCUUGAUUUCAUGUCAGAUGGUAACUUGCAUUCAGUCUUCUUGUAUGUAGCUAAUAUCCUGGCCCACAACGUCAGGGAUGAUUUCACGUUCAUAUAUGAUACAUUUGUGAAAGAUGAAUUGCCUGUGCUGACUGAUUCCAGAGUGUAACAUGAUGUCACAAAACUACAACAGGCUGUCAAGUUUGUUAAACGUCCGUAUUAUCCGAAGUUUGCUCGUUACCUGGCUUUCCCUGCUGACUCAUUCAAGCUGGACGGGUCUCGAUUCCCUAUUUUGAUGUAUGUUGCAAAGUAGUUCAAGGCUGAGGAGCAGCAAUCCUCGGUGGCAGGUAAUCACUACCAAUUUGUUCCAGCCCGGUCUGUUGUUGUUGAUAAUGACCUUGUCAAGGACCUGCUGGCAUGGAAGAGAGAUUCUUAAGUGCUUACAAAUACUUCACCAAUAUGGAAGGUUGUUUUUGAGGGCUUGCCAUUGGUUGAUGGUGUCCUAACUAACAUCCAAACUUUUUCAUGGAAAUAUUGUGAUUGAUUUUGAAGUGUUUUGGAAGUUUUGCUUUGCUUUUGGCAUUCCUAUCAUUUUGCCAAUGUACAUAUUUUUGCAGGCGUGAAUUGUGUUGUAUUUUACGUUGAAUUGUGCAUUAUGAAAGCCUUUUACUGCAACAUAAUCGAAUUCAACGAC